AUGUCUGACCAACAAAGAGGUUUAGAAAACAAUAAUCGAAGUAGAUCGAGAUCGAGAUCACCCGUUCGUCGCCAGAUGGGUGAUGAUCGUGAUUAUGAAAGAGAUAACCGCUCGUCCCGCGGAUCAGGUAAUUACAAUAAUAGACAUAAGUUCACGGAUAAGUACAGAGGAAACAGAGAUAAAGGUGAAUAUAGAGGAGGUAGAGAGAGGCCCGGCAACAGAGAAAGAGAAAGAUUCAAUAAAAGAGAAGCUCCUAGAUCUAGAGACCGGUACGACGAUAGAUACAGAGGGAGAGAUGAAAGUGGUCGUUAUGGGGAGAGACGUGAUGAUUAUCCUAGAAGCUUUAAGGCCAGACACAAUCCGCGCGAUGACAAUAGGAGAGGUGGAUUUACUGGCAUUGGAGUAAGAGGAGAUUAUGGUCCUUUGUUAGCACGUGAAUUGGAUAGUACAUAUCAAGAAAAGGUUAAUAGGAAUUAUUCCAACAGUAUAUUCGUGGGUAAUUUGACUUACGACAGCACCCCUGAAGACUUGACUGAAUUUUUUUCACAGAUAGGCAAAGUGGUCCGCGCGGAUAUAAUUACUUCAAGAGGACACCAUAGAGGUAUGGGCACAGUAGAGUUCACUAAUGCAGAUGAUGUUGACAGAGCCAUCCGCCAGUACGAUGGGGCGUUCUUCAUGGAUCGUAAAAUAUUUGUGAGACAAGAUAAUCCGCCACCUUCAAGUAAUACUAGAGAAAGAAAGGGACUUGAUAGAGGGGAGUCUAAUCAAAACCGAAAAGCUCACGAAAUCAUUAUUAAAAAUCUACCUUCUUCUAUUAAUUGGCAGGCCUUGAAGGAUAUGUUCAAGGAAUGUGGAAAUGUUGCGCAUGCUGACGUGGAACUGGACGGCGAUGGAACUUCUACUGGCUCUGGGACAGUGUCCUUCUAUGAUAUCAAAGAUCUGCAUAGGGCGAUUGAGGAAUACGACGGCUAUGAAAUAGAGGGUAAUGUCCUAGAUGUCAAGUCUAAGGAAAGUGUACAUGAUAACGGUAAUGAGGACGAUAUUGAUAUUCCCAUGGAAGGUUCUCACAUCAAUGAAGAGGCCCGUAAAUUUACUGAAAAUGUCGUUGGGGGAGGUGAAAGAAAUAGUCUGAUAUACUGCAGUAAUUUGCCAUUCUCAACUGCAAAGAGCGAUCUUUAUGACCUUUUUGAGACCAUUGGAAAGGUCAACCAUGCUGAAUUAAGGUAUGACUCAAAAGGAGCGCCAACUGGAAUAGCUGUCGUUGAAUACGAUAACGUCGAAGAUGGAGACGUCUGUAUUGAAAGGCUAAAUAACUAUAACUAUGGUGGUUGUGAUCUAGAUAUAUCUUACGCUAAACGCCUUUAA